AUGGAGCAACGCAAACGCCACUGCUGGGAAUGUCUCCGGCGGUCGCUCGUCUGCGACUUCACGCAGCCCGAGUGCAAGCGGUGCAUCAAGAGUGGGACGCCGUGUCCUGGCUACGGCGAGAAGGAGCCCCUGAGGCUGAACUGGCUUGCACCGGGUAAAGUAAAAUCACGGACUCGGGCGCGUAAGACGAAAGACAGCGGCCACGGCUGCAAGGAGCCGGUGAUUACUAUCAACGAUCGGGCGAAGAAUCCCGAUUUCUUGAUUAUCCCGCGGGGUUGCUUCAAGGUCAAUGCGGACGCCAUCUUCGAUGCGGUGGAUUACUACAACUCCGCAAUGCACCCUGUUCUGGUAGGGAAUGUCGUCGGCAAUCAUCCUUUUGUUUACAAGAUCCAGCCCGCCCAUAUCCACGCUGGGGUUGCGCGGCCGGACUAUCUGCGCCUGGAGAUUGUCUGCAUGGCGUUGAACCAUCGAAUCCACAGCUCCAAGGAUCCGGCUUAUGCCCAGUCCCUGGCGCCCACUUAUUAUCACUUCCGGGGCUUGAUUCUGCGCUCGCUUAACGCGGCAAUGGCCAAUGAAAAGACUCGGAAAAAGUACAUCAAUUUCCUGAUGGCGGGGAUACUGUCGCUACUUCUGGCUGAUGCCCAUCAGGGAAUAUCACUGCACUGGCGAUUCCACCUGCAAGGAAUCCAGCAGCUCAUCGCACUCCGCGGCGGCUUGCGGGCCCUGGCCGGUCCUGGCGUGGAGCCUCUCCUCCUCUGCUACGCAUACGUCACUGUCCUCGGCGACACUUCCUCCCCGGCCCACGACCUUACAAUGAGCACCACCCUCCUCGCCGAGCUCGACGCCAUCCUGGACGACUACGGCGACAAGCCCUACACCUUCUACCCCUUCCCAAUCUCGCUCUUCGCGGCCACCGUGAGGAUCAACCACCUGCGAGCCCGCGCUACAGCCCUGCGGCCCAUCCUCCCACCAACCUCCGACCUCAAAACCGAAGCCACCGAAGUCCUAACCACAAUCCAAUCCUUCAACCCAACCACCUACGCCGCAUCCCGACCCCCCAAGUCCCGCCCAGACUGGAUCCUCCUCGCCCAAACCAUCCAGUCCGCCGUCACAAUAUACUGCAUCUCAUCCCUGCAAAGCGUCGAAAUCCUACCCUACAGCCCACCCCUACAAUCCUGCAAAACCACCGCCCGCCAAACCCUACACACCCUCCUCUCGAAAUCCCUCCCCACCGCCCGCUUUGGAACCUCCGUCCUCUGGGCCCUCGUCGUGCUCGGCGUCGACGCCGUGCACGAUAGCCCCAGCAUGCGCGCCUUCGUAAGCGAGAGUCUAGGCCCGCUGUCUCGCGCGCAGGGUUCGUAUGUCCCGCGCAUGGCGAGGGAGUUCCUCGAGCGGUUCUGGGCGAGUGGCCGCACCGAUUGGGAUGGGUGUUUUGAUCGCCCGUAUGCGCUUGCCAUGCAGUGGACUGUUAGUCGGCAUGGGCUGCGCUGA